CAAUACUGCUCUGAAUUUCUUUGACUGAGAGAUAGGCGACUUUCAGUGAGAGUGAAGUAAAAUGCACACCGUUUAGCGCGAGUUUGGAACCGUGAAAGAGGGAAUGACAUGAAACAAAGGUAUUAUCUCAAUGGCACCCAAAAAGAAGAGACGUCGAAAGGCUAUUGCUGACAGUGGCUUGGGUGUUUCUGUGCCAGAAAAGGAUGCAGAAUUAAUACAGAAGGAAACCUGUGUUCAAGAUGGAAAUCUUCAUAGAGAAAGCGAACUAGGAGAAAAUGAUGGGCAGUUGCCACAGGCAGGGAACAGCUGUCUAAUAAAAGAAAAAGACCCCCUGGCGACUGGACAAGGGUUUUUGGAAGAAAAUAAUCAUCCAGAAAUAACAGGUGACUUCUCAGAGAAGGCAAAGGCAGGUGACACUCUAAGAGAAGCAAAUGUCUCCUCAGAAUCCAGUCAUCCAGAAAUAACAGGUGAAUCCUCAGAGAAGGCAGGUUCAGGUGACACUCUAAGGGAAGCAAAUGUCUCCUCAGAAGAAAGAGCGUGUUCUUCAAAUAAAGCCUUGCAACAUCUCGAAACAGACUUUUCGAAGAAGGCAGCUGAGUCUUCAAAAGAAGUUAAUGUCUCCUCACAAGAACCAGAGAGCCCUCCAAAUACAGCAAUUGAACUAGUUGAAACAGAUGCUCCAAGUGCAUACAUAAAUGACAGUGAUUCAGAGAAGUCAAUGAGACAACUGCUACGGAUAGUGAACAUUACAUCACAGGUGUCAGAUAAAGGGACUGAAUUAGAACUUCCUGCCUGUACUGCAUGUGCAGAAAGAAGUAACAGUGGUCAUGCUGACAGCUCAGAAACUGAAAUUUUUGUUGGGACUUCCAGAGAACCAAGAAGUUCCAUAACUUCCCAAAGACCACAUAAUGAUGAAAACUUCAGUCUGAGUAAGAUAUGUGCUUCUCAAAAAACAGGGCAGUGUGUGGCAGAAGGUGAAGAACUUGAAGAUGUGAUCAUAUCAAAUAACCAUGAUGUUCCUCCAAUUGGGCAUUCUCUUACUGUUAUCAGUCAUAGCUGUCCUGAAGAUAUUGGGGUACGAAGGCAAAUACUUGUAUCUGAUCGACAGGGGUUGCCAAACUAUGUUUUACCUCCAGAUGGAAAAAAGAUGCCUUCUAGAAGUAAAACUGGUUUCCAGCUUUACCGGCCUAAUUUUACAGGAUUCCGUUUCAGUCGUCAAGACUCCGCGAUACGUGAAUCACCAGAAUUUGUGGAACAACAAAAUAGAGGAAGACAAAAUGAGGAUGGUGGUGGAUCAGCUCAGACCCUGUCAGUCUGGUCAGAAGCUCAGUCAGAAUAUUUUCCAAGAGGCAAGCCUUCAGACUUAGGAGAAUUGUUGGAAGUUGCUACACGGUAUGUUGUCAAGGCGUGGGUGAAGGGAAUUCACCCGCCCAUAUCAGGGCCUCCAACAAAUUUGGUGAUAAAAUUCUGUGUUGAUUGUCAUAAAAAAUACUGUCAUGAUGAGAAUGAAUCCAAUCACUUGUGUUCAAGGCGUGUAGUAGAUUCUCAGAAAUCUCUGAAGUUAAUGUUCUAUGUUGAGCUUGAAAUAUAUGAUGAGACCCAGGAGACGAUGAAAGUAGCUCUUGCUGGUGAUCAGGCAACAAAACUAUUUGGUUGCCAACCUCAGGAGUUCAUCAGGAAUGAAGAUUUUCAGAAAAGAGUUUGGGAUUCCUUCAAACACCUUAUAAAGGGUGGCAAUAGACAAAACUGGUGUUUGAAGGAUGCAGCUAACUUCUCUCUGGAACCUCAUUUGAAAGGAAAGAAAAUUAAUCAUCGUGUUGUUGAUAUUAGACCAUUCAAUACUAGUUCCAGAUAAAAACUAGUUUUUUCCUUCCUUUCAAGCCAUAAGCCAUUUUCUGUACAUAAUCAUCAAAUAAUAAAUUGCAUAGAAAGUGUUUUAAUGAUUGUAUGAUAGAAUCACAUCCUCAAAAUUCAUACACUGAGAGAUCUAAUUGUAAUAAACUUAUCUACAUUUCACUUUAUAUAAUUAUUGCACAUAUGUUGUUAUUAAUAAACACUUGAUUUUUGCAA